AGAGAGAAUGAUGUCUAGUGGUCCAGCUGAGUCUAUGGCUGACCCUGACCGACUUUGAGAGCAGCCGUAUUAGAUAAGGAUAUAGUGAGAGAGAGAGAGAGAGAGAGAGAAGAAAUAUUCUCUCCGGCUUUCAUUUUCUCUUUGGCUUUUCCUUCUAAGCUCCAACAAAGUGAAGGUCUACCAGAAAGAGUCCAAUUAACAGACUUGGAAUCAUGUUUAGUUCGGGCUUCUUUGUUUUCAGUAAUGGAAUAUACAUCGUCUGAGAUUUCUUGAUUUGUGCUCUGCUGCUGGUAGUCAAGCUUUCGCUUUUUCUUUGGUUUCCCAAGAUGAUGUCUGAAGAGGCGGUUUCAGUUCCCUCCACCAAUAGACUGUAUGUUCAAGAACCAAAUUCGAACCCUAACCCUAACACUACCUCAAAUCCAGUCAAGAAGAAGAGAAAUUUACCCGGAACACCAGAUCCAGAUGCCGAAGUUAUAGCUUUGUCCCCAAAAUCUCUAAUGGCCACGAACCGAUUCAUUUGCGAAAUUUGCAACAAGGGAUUUCAGAGAGACCAGAACUUGCAGCUUCACCGACGCGGACACAACCUUCCAUGGAAGCUCCGGCAGAGAACAAACAAAGAAGUUAAAAAAAAGGUGUACGUCUGCCCCGAAAAGUCGUGUGUCCACCAUGACCCUUCACGAGCCCUCGGAGAUCUCACCGGAAUAAAGAAGCAUUACAGCAGAAAACACGGUGAGAAGAAGUGGAAGUGCGAGAAAUGUUCCAAGAAAUACGCAGUUCAAUCAGAUUGGAAAGCGCAUAGCAAGAUUUGUGGGACUAGAGAGUAUAAAUGUGACUGCGGAACACUUUUUUCCAGGAAGGAUAGCUUCAUUACUCAUAGAGCUUUUUGUGACGCUUUGGCUGAAGAAAAUGCAAGGUUCGGUACAGUUUCAGCUACCAAUCCUAAUUUCAUGAAUGGUAACUUAAACAAUCCUCAAACAGCAUCUAGAAUCCCCCAAAUUUCACAAAUCUUCCAGCCGGAAUUCGCCGGCUCAGAGCCAGUCGGGAAUCUUAGUGCAGACGGGCAGAGGCCAAGGCUGCCACUGUGGCUUGACCCUGCAAAUUCUCAACUCAAUUCUAAUGCUUUAAUGGGAGCAAAUUCCACAGGCAGCUUGCCUGCAGAAUUGUUGCAAACAUCCCCUAUGAAUAUGUUUGGAUCAUCGUCACAUUCACAGCAGUGGCUAAACAAGUUCCCAGACUCAUCCUUUACAGGUGGCAACCUCUCUAUGUCUUCAUUGCCACGGGGACUAAAAGAGGAAGAAGAAUCCAAACGAAAUUUGUCCGAAACAAUAACUUUUUUAUAUCCAAACAGUCAGAACCCCCAACAAAAUCCAGCUCACAUGUCAGCUACUGCACUCCUGCAGAAAGCAGCGCAAAUGGGAUCAACCAGAAGCAACCCAGCAUUCAAUAGCUCAUCGGCCUUUGGUUUGAUGAGUUUGUCUUCCUCGAACGUUUCCAAUUUCAAUUCAUAUAAUCACCACAUCAAAAACGAUUCUCAGAAGUUUAUCAGGCAACCAAAUCAGACCGAGAACUUCAGCGAGUUAGCAAACACUUUAUCUUCUUCCACUCCAGCUACUAAGGUAGACGAUGGUUCGUCAUCAUUGUUCUCGAACUCGUUCUUGGGAACCUCGAAGAACUUAGAAAGCUUGAUGAUGCCGUCGAAUUCGAAGCAAGGGCAUGCAUCAGUUGGGGGAUUAAAGCUCCUAGCAGGAACUUCCAACGAAAGUGAACAUAGUUUAACUAGAGAUUUCCUUGGAGUUGGAGGAGAUGCAAGCGGAUCGUUCUUUCAACAAGAGCUAGCCAAGUUUGCUUCUAUGGGUUCAGCCAUGGACUUGAGCCAGUACACCCGGCAUCACUGAUUGAGCUCUGAAAGGUAAGGCCCUUGUUGUACAAUAACAACAAUGAAAAAGUAGCUAGUUUUAGGUAGAAGAACACAUGUCAUAUGGAAACUAGAAUUUUAGGAUAUUUUAAAAAAAAAAAAAAGAAAUCGGUGGUCACACUCACUGCUGAGUGCAAAAUGAAAGCAAGCGAGUUGACUCAGCAGUAAGAGCGAUAGAGAGAGAGAGAAAGACUCUUGUGACUGGUCAGAGAUAGGGGCCGGGCCAGUGCAUGUGGGAAGAGACUAAACAGGUGAAAAAAAAAAAAAAAAAGGUCUUGGGAAAUCAGAGGACGGGAAGUCGGGGCCGUCCAUGCAUGCAGUAGAUUUUUAUUUAUUUUUUUUAAUUUGUGUAUUUUACUUUUCCUUGACGUUGAUCAAGCCUACUGGCACACUUGGCUGUGACAUUUUUGUCACGGCUAGCUCUUUUCCCACUGUCAAUAAUUAAUAUUUUCCACCGUGAACUUAAAAUAAACUUUCUGCUGUGUGGACCUGGUUGCUAAAAUAUACUAGACCAGUUUUUGUUA